AUGAAGCAAUUGCAUAGCCGUUCAAUAACCUCCAACAGCUCUCAUUCUUCAUCACGUGCAUUUCUGUCUCCGACUGAUCAGCAGAAAAAGGAAGGAACAAUGGUACGAGAGACAAGUCAUGAAAAAUUUGGGUUUCAUGCACUUUUAGAAUUACCACAUGAGAUGAUGUAUUCAAUAUUCAAUUUUUUGAGUGUGCGAGAAUGCUGCAACAAUGUUUCGGCAGUGAAUCGAUGGUUUAAGUCAAUGAUUGACAAAUAUUUGAGUUCUGGCCAAGUGAGAGAAUUGAAUAUUUGUAAAGAGGUGUAUCAUUGCUCGUACAUGAGGGAGAAAGAGGGUCUGAUAACAUCGGAAGAGUUAUUCAAUUUUUAUUUUAGGACAAAGGAGGAGAUGGAUCGAAUGAAACAUUUUCGAUCAUGUUUUAUGAAAUUACUGACUCGUGGAGUACACAGAUUGAUAUUUGAAAAGCUAAAGGAUUUUCCAUUAGGAUUACUGUAUUGUGACAAGAUGAGUGAGAAGCUAAAGCCAUGUAAAGGAAAUAAGAAGGUUGUAAAACAGAGCAGUUCAACAAGACAACAAUGUUUAUUCAAUGAUUGUGAAACUUUUUGGAAUUCGGUGAAAUUUCUCAACAUUGACUCAUCUACAUUCUGCAAUUUCCCUAGAAUGGGUUCUAAUUUUGAAGACGACGGCAAUGACGUGGAGCAAGUGACCGGAUUGCAGCUUCUUUGCAAAAUCGCUCCAUUAUUGAAAAAUUUAGAGUCUCUUUCUCUCAAAAACUUACGUUUAAUUACCGACGAAGACUUUGAGUUUAUGCGAAUAUUUCUUCUCACAAUUUUGAAAAACGGAGGCAAUUUGAAAACAUUAAUUUUACAAAAUACCGGACUUUUUGAGAGCAAUGAUUGGGAUGGCAUGUAUGGAAAUUGUAGCCAUUUAGAACACUUGACCAUUCAUGAAAAACACUCACCAUAUACCUCAUUUAUUUUGAAAUUAACUCAUUUAAAAUUUUUAGAUCUGUUCCAUGUGAAGGAUGUGAACAUGGCAUUACUUUUCGAGAGGUUACCAAUUAUGGAACACGUUUCUAUUCGCCAUUCUACCUUGUGUGGAUUUGAUUGUGCAACUCUCAUAGAUUGCUCUUGUAUAGCUUCUCGAUUGAAAUCACUCGACAUUCAACAAUGUAGCAUUUACUCUGAAGGCAAUAGUGCAGAUACAUCGUUGAUAGUACCAUCAACAAUGACUUGCACCUUGUUGGAUCUCAUUAGUUUUAAAUAUUUGGAAAAAUUUGUUUUUACUCAAAUUUCAUACAUGGAUGAGAUGAAAGAUUUUAGAGAUUCACAAACUCUCUUUGAUAGCGCCAUUGAACGUUUGAAUAGUGAUCACAUGCACGUAUUAUGUUUGGAUGGAUUAACGAAUAUCAAGUCUUUGGAUAUGCUAUUCAAAUUUAGAAAUCUGGAAACUUUGCAUUUACAUGGAACUUCACUGAACCAUUUGUCACUGCUGAGAAUACUGGUCCACUUUCCGAAAUUACAAAACUAUUCUGUUGAUGGACUUGACAUUACAGGCAAAGAAUUUGACCAAUUUUUAUUACAUGAAUUAGCAUCCUAUGAUUGUAGCAGAACAUUGCGAUCGUUGAAUAUUGAACGAUGGUCUACCUAUGAUCCUUUACCACAAACAUGUCAAACAUUUCAUGCGUUUCAAUUUGAUUCCAUUCCUACUCUGCCAAAACUUGAAUAUUUAAAACUUGUAGGAUUUUGUGUUGGAAAUGAAAGGGUCUAUUUGAACAGUAAUCAAGAGCUUGGAGAUUUGAAACAAAGAAUUCAUGUGAAAUGUCCAUUGUUGUCCACGUUUAUAGUUUCCUCAGUUUCAAAUGACAGAUCUAAUUUCAAGUAUUUAAAACCGUCCAAUUCUACUACGUUGCAAACAGAAAGCUUUGAGCAAGUAUCCAUCACUUAUCCCUUACUGCAUUUUGAAUUUUGGAAGAACUCUCAAGUCACUGCCAAUGUACAGCACAGGGCACAUUCAAAUGGCAGCAGAAGUGGGAAAAAGAAGCAACAACAUCAGUCAUUCGUUCCAGGCUUCAAUAAGGGCAGAAAAAAGAAGUAUUGA